AGGUCUCUUAGGUGAUGCUGCAGCCAAGAUGGCGUCGACGGCGGCCACGGCGGCCUGAGCGCGAUGCUCCCUGUCCUCGGCAGCAGCGGCGGCGGCUGUGGCCUCGGCCGGGGCCUCCGGUCUCUCCCGGGCGUGAGCGCUCAGGCGACUCUCCUCCGGCCGGGUUAGUCCGGACAAUUAGGAGGCGGCCACGAAGAGAGGAGACAGUGAGAAACGCGGAGAGAGAGCGACGUCUCCUGCCGCGGCACCAUGGCUGGGCUCAUUAAGAAGCAGAUCCUGAAGCACCUCUCCAGAUUUACUAAAAAUUUAUCUCCUGACAAGAUAAAUCUAAGUACCCUCAAAGGAGAAGGUGAACUGAAGAAUUUGGAGUUGGAUGAAGAGGUGCUCCAGAAUAUGUUGGAUUUGCCGACAUGGCUUGCUAUCAACAAAGUUUUUUGUAAUAAAGCAUCUAUUAGGAUUCCAUGGACAAAAUUGAAAACACAUCCCAUCUGUUUGUCCCUGGAUAAAGUAAUAAUGGAAAUGAGUACAUGUGAAGAACCACGAAACCCUAAUGGCCCAUCACCAAUUGCAACUGCUUCAGGACAAAGUGAAUAUGGCUUUGCUGAAAAAGUAGUUGAGGGAAUUACUGUUUCUGUAAAUUCCAUUGUUAUCCGCAUUGGGGCAAAAGCUUUCAAUGCAUCCUUUGAACUUUCCCAGCUAAGGAUCUAUAGUGUAAAUGCAAACUGGGAACAUGGAGAUUUAAGAUUUACUCGUAUUCAAGAUCCACAGAGAGGAGAGGUUUUGACAUUUAAAGAAAUAAAUUGGCAGAUGAUUCGAAUAGAGGCAGAUGCUACUCAAAGUUCACAUCUUGAAAUUAUGUGUGCUCCCGUUCGAUUAAUAACCAACCAGUCAAAAAUCAGAGUCACACUUAAAAGAAGAUUAAAGGACUGCAAUGUUAUUGCAACAAAGUUAGUUCUAAUAUUGGAUGACUUAUUAUGGGUUUUAACGGAUUCCCAGUUGAAGGCUAUGGUACAAUAUGCAAAAUCUCUCAGUGAAGCAAUAGAAAAAUCAACAGAACAAAGGAAGAGUAUGGCUCCUGAACCUACACAGAGCUCUACAGUAACCCCAUCUACCCAACAAGUGAAGACACCACAGACCUCAAAUGCUCCGGAUCUAAAUGAUGCAAUUGUGAAACUAUUCAAUGACUUUGAUGUUAAAGAAACCUCUCAUCACUUGGUAAUUUCUCAUCUAGAUCUACACAUAUGUGAUGAUAUUCAUGCUAAAGAAAAAGAGUCAAAUAGACGUAUUACUGGAGGGGCUAUGCAACUGUCUUUUACACAGUUAACCAUAGAUUAUUAUCCUUAUCACAAAGCAGGAGAUAGUUGUAAUCAUUGGAUGUAUUUUAGUGAUGCAACCAAAACAAAAAAUGGAUGGGCCAACGAGUUGUUACAUGAAUUUGAGUGCAACGUUGAAAUGCUUAAGCAGGCUGUAAAGGAUCAUAAUGUAGGUUCACCUCCUAAAUCCCCAACACAUGCCUCUCCCCAGCACACACAAACAGAGAAAGACUCAGCUCUGAAAGGGACUUCCAGAACACCUUCAGUGUUAUCUCAACAGUCCAAAGCUAAGUUAAUGUCUAGCUCUGUUGUCGUUAGACUUGCAGAUUUCAAUAUAUAUCAGGUCUCUACAGCAGAACAAUGUCGUUCUUCCCCUAAAAGUAUGAUUUCUUGCAAUAAGAAAUCCCUGUAUCUUCCACAAGAAAUGUCAGCUGUCUAUAUAGAAUUCACAGAAUAUUACUAUCCAGAUGGAAAGGAUUUUCCAAUUCCAUCUGCCAACCUUUAUAGCCAACUGAAUGCACUACAGUUUACCGUGGAUGAAAGAAGUAUUCUGUGGUUAAAUCAAUUUCUGUUGGAUUUAAAACAGAGUCUUAAUCAAUUUAUGGCUGUAUACAAGUUGAAUGGCAGUUCAAAAUCUGAUGAGCAUGUUGAUAUUCGAGUUGAUGGCUUAAUGCUAAAGUUUGUCAUUCCUUCUGAAAUGAAAUCUGAAUGUCAUCAAGAUCAACCACAUGCAGUUUCUAUUCAGAGUUCUGAAAUGAUUGCCACAAAUACAAGGCAUUGUCCAAAUUGUCGACAUUCUGAUCUAGAAGCUUUAUUUCAAGACUUUAAAGAUUGUGAUUUUUUUAGUAAAGCAAAUACCAGCUUCCCCAAAUCUGAUGACAAUUUUAAUCUUUUGCACCCAAUCUUCCAGAGACAUGCCCAUGAACAAGAUACUAAAAUGCAUGAAGUUUAUAAAGGAAAUAUUACUCCUAAGUUGAAUAAACACACUCUUAAAACUUCUGCUGCCACAGAUGUUUGGGCUGUGUACUUUUCUCAAUUUUGGAUUGAUUAUGAAGGGACAAAGAGUGGAAAAGGGCGGCCAGUAAAUUUUGUAGACUCUUUCCCUCUUUCCAUCUGGAUUUGCCAACCAACAAGGUAUGCAGUGUCACAAAAAGAGCUACAGUCAUGUAAUCAGGUAUCUCUAAAUACAUCACAGAGUGAAUCUAGUGAUCUGACUGGCCGACUGAAGCGGAAAAAGCUCUUGAAAGAGUAUUAUAGUACAGAAUCUGAGCCCUUGACAAAUGGUAGUCAGAAACCUUCUGAUACAUUUUUAAGAUUUACCUCUUCAUCGUCAGAUGCAGAUGUUCACGUCCUGGUUCACAUUCAUAGACAUGUCAGUAUGCAGAUCAAUCACUACCAGUAUCUGCUCUUGCUUUUCCUCCAUGAGUCCCUUAUUCUGCUUUUGGAGAACUUAAGGAAAGAUGUAGAAGCUGUGACGGGCACUCCUGCUAGUCAGGCAUCCAUUUGUAUUGGAAUUUUACUUAAAAGUGCAGAAGUGGCUCUUUUGCUACAUCCAGUGGAUCAAGGAAAUACUCUCAAGUCUCCUGUUGCUGAAAGUGUGAGCCCAACAGUUCCUGACUGUUUGCCUACUGAAAAUGGAGAACUUUUGUCUUCAAAAAGGAAACAAGUUAGUAGUGGUGUAAAUCAAAUUAGAAGUGUAACUGUUAAUCACAUGUCGGACAACAGAUCUAUGAGUGUUGACCUGAGCCAUGUGCCUUUGAAGGAUCCUUUGCUUUUUAAAUCAGCUAGUGAUACAAAUCUGCAAAAAGGUAUUUCUUUUCCGGAUUGUUUAUCAGAUAAAAAUUUAGGGAAGAUAAGUGAAGAUGAAAGUAGUGGAAUUAUCUGUAAAAGUGGAUCAGGAGAAAUUGGAUCAGAAACAAGUGACAGAAAGGAUUCCUCUUAUACAGGUUCAAAUGGUGUCUUAAGCCACAGAGAAGAUUCAAAUUUGCUUUCCUUUGAUAAUGAUGGUAAUCAAAACAUACUUUCAAACAGUUUAAGUAGUGGAGGACAUGAAACCAUAGAGUCAGUCUUUAAAGCGGAAGAUUUGCUUCCAGAAACAGCUUCACUCUCUCAGAACCUAGAAAUCAAUCAAGAAGAAGCACCCACUGUUAGAACAUUUACAUCUCAGUCAUCUUUAAGUGGAAAGUCUAAGGACCGUAUCCCACCCAGCGUGGCUCCGCUCUGUGUUUCUUAUAAGAACAUGAAGAGAAGCUCCUCACAGAUUUCAUUAGAUACCAUUUCACUUGACAGUAUGAUAUUGGAAGAACAGUUGUUGGAAAGUGAUGGAAGUGAUACUCAUAUAUUUUUGGAAAAAGGUAUUAAGAAGAACAUGACUACAAAUUACCAGAGCCUUGCAGAGAAUGCAAAUGCUAGUGCAAAUCUACAGAAUUUUGGUGAAACCUCUCCAGAUGCCAUCAGUACAAAUUCAGAGGGUGCUCAAGAAAAUCAAGACCUGAUGUCAGUUGUGGUGUUUAAAAUUACUGGUGUUAAUGGGGAAAUUGACAUCCGAGGGGAAGAUAUGGAAAUCUGUCUUCAAGUGGACCAAGUGACACCAGAUCAGUUAGGCAAUAUCAGUCUUCGGCAUUACCUGUGUAAUCGUCCAGUAGGUUCAGAUCAUAAAUCUGUAAUUCAUUCCAAAUCCUCUCCUGAGAUUACUCUGAGAUUUGAGAGUGGGCCUGGUGCUGUAAUACACUCUUUGCUUGCAGAAAAAAAUGGAUUUCUGCAAUGCCAUAUAGAAAACUUUAGCACUGAGUUUUUUACAUCUUCUCUUACUAAUAUUCAACAUUUUUUGGAAGAUGAAACUGUUGCAACAGUGAUGCCAAUGAAGAUACAAGUUUCUAACACAAAAAUUAAUUUAAAAGACGACAGUCCUCGUAGUAGUACAAUAUCCCUUGAACCAGCUCCUGUAACCGUUCAUAUUGACCAUCUUGUGGUGGAGAGAAAUGAUGAUGGCUCUUUUCAUAUCAGAGAUUCUCAGAUGCUUAACACUGGAAAUGAUUUGAAAAAAAAAGUCAAAAGUGACUCACUGCUGCUUACCAGUGAAAAGUAUGAUCUGAAGAAACAACACAGUGUCACUCAAGCCACUCAGACGAGUCCAGAGGUUCCUUGGCCUUCUCAGUCAGUUAACUUUCCUGAAUGCUGCUUUGAUUUUACUAGGGAACAGCUCAUGGAAGAGAAUGAAUCUCUUAAACAGGAAUUGGCCAAAGCUAAAAUGGCUCUUGCAGAGGCUCACUUGGAAAAAGAUGCUCUUCUUCAUCAUAUAAAGAAGAUGACAGUUGAAUAGCAGGAGUGGCAGUCAAAAAUUCAAAUUAGAGCUCUGGAGUAGGGAGGUUAUAUUUAUAAUGUUAUGUUACCAGUUAGUGAAAGACUUUCCUUUUCAUGAAAAGACAAUAAAAUAAAAUACAAUGUGAUGAAGUAGUGACUGUUCCAAAGCCAGUUUGGAAGGUAAUAGGUAUGGCAUUACAGUCUUCUGGUUUGUGUUUUGGGGUUUAAUCAAACUCUUUUAAACUGGUGUGAUAGAGGGAAGUCAACAAAUACUGUAAAAUAAUCACAUGCCUAAUGGAAAGAUGUCAUUUCCUAAUUUUGAUAUCACAUUAUAGGCACUUUUUAAAAAGAAAAAUGGAAAUCUGUUGUGUUCUCACAGAUUGCUGAUUUUAUUUAUCACUAUUUGUUAAUAAUUUACUAUUAUUUACAAAGAUUCAAAUGCUUUUAGGGCUAAUGUAAUUUAAAAGGAGGCUUACAUUUUAAAUGUUAUUAGAAUUAUGUACUUAAAUCUAUAAUUAUUUAAUUACUGUGGGAAAGUCCAAUCAAGUUAAUAAAUUAUAUUGACUGGGUUCAAAAAUUUGAAAAUCAUCACCCUACUGAUCUUACAAAGUAACUUGAGAAUGUGAAAAAGAAAUCAUUUAAAAUGAUGAAUAAACUGUAUAAGUUAAAGAUAAUAAUUUUCAACUAAAGGGAUCAUACAAAUGUAAAAAUAAAAAGCACAAACUGUAAAAAAGCAAAACAUUACAGUAUAUGGCCAACUGAUUUAAAAAAUAUUACUUGUACAUUCCUUUAAACAGUUAUUGUUAGAAGUAAAAGAGUAAUUUAAACAAUCCUAAAUUUGGCAGCAUUUGUAACUAUAAAAAUUUUAAUUAGUACUAUUUAUAUUUAUCUUUUCUCUGUUUAAGGAGGGGAAUGUUUUCAGAGAAUUUUUUUUUCAUAUACAUAAAAUAAUUUCAUACCAUUCUUGUAGUCCAUUAGGUAGAUGUUUGCACAUACUGUAUUUAUAAAGCUAGUUUUGAUUAAAGGUGUAUGUGACAUAAAUACUAUCUUCUAUAAUAAGAAUAAUUGGUAAACUUUGAAUUCUAUUUUCUAGGGAUUGUUAAGGUUGAAACCAACACGAGAGAGAAAAUCAUGCAUUAUGAAAUAAGUUUAUGAGUGUUUAAGAAACAGACAUUUUUAAAGAUUUACAAUAUAUUUCUGAUAGAAUUAAAUUAAGUGGGUCUAUUUUAAAAUUAACAUUCUUAAAACAAAUAUAUCCAAGCUAUAACAUGAAA